UGUUCAUGUUUCUGUACAGCGGGGUCAAGAGUCCCUGUUUUAGCUUCCAUGUCCUAGAGAAACUGUUCAUGGGUAGCUCAUCAAAUUCAGCUAUAUAAUCCUAAUAUCAACACUAUCUUCAAAACACCUAAGAGUAGUUAGCAGCUUCCAAGGGAAGUCAUGGGUUCCAUGGUCGCAGCCAUGUUCUUCAUCUUCAUUAUUUUCAUGGCGAUAUCAUUGCCACCCAUUUACGCUUGCGGUCCUUGUACUCAGCCACAUCCACCAACACACCGCCCAACCCACCCAAAAGUUCCACACCCGAACCCACCAACCACCAAGCACCCACCACACUAUGGAGGCCGCCCACCUUCAAAAAAUCCACCAAUGCCACCGGUAGUACUACCACCAAUAAUCAUUAAUCCUCCCCCCGUAAUAUCACCUCCCGCAACAAAUCCUCCUGUAAUUAUAACGCCACCAGUAACACCACCACCUUCUUCAGGCUACCCACCAUACACCGGUGGCCCUCCUUAUGGGGGUGGUGGCGGUGGUGGAGGCGGAGGUGGAGGUGGUGGUGGUGGUGCUAAUCCUCCACCUACUACGCAACCAACUUGUCCAAUCAAUGCACUUAAGCUAGGAGCUUGUGUUGAUGCGCUAGGAGGUUUGGUGCAUGUUGGGUUAGGGAAUCCAGUUGAAAAUGUUUGCUGCCCUGUACUAAAAGGACUGCUGGAGCUUGAAGCAGCUGUUUGUCUUUGCACUAGUAUACACCUUAAGCUCCUUAAUCUCAAUAUUUUCAUUCCUCUUGCUCUUCAAGUCCUAAUAACUUGUGGAAAGACUCCACCUCCUGGAUUUGUAUGUCCUCCUCUUUGAAAUUUUACUUCAUUAAUAAGAUGAGUUAUGGAUUAUUAGGUUAAAUGGUCCCUUGUUUUGGUGGUAGGAUUUGUGUUAGUGUUGUGACUUGAUUUACUGUUUCGUUCUUCGUAGUGCUCAACUGCCAACUUUGAUUCUGGUGGAAUACGACUGGGUUUAUGUCUAAUUAAGUUGCAUUUUGUGAUUGUUGUUCUAAUUAAUUAAGGUGAACUGUUUCAGUAA